AUGGAAGAUGAUGCCAAUGAUUUGGACUUUGCUCCUCCAAGUGAAACAGAGAUGGGAUGCACCUUCACUUGGUCUUCCCAACCAACAUUAAACAAAAUGGGGGCUGAAAAUCUUUUACUCUCAGCAGCAGUCCUGUUUUCUGGCAAGACCUAUGGUAAGGUACGAGAUAUGGCUGACUAUUUAAAGUUGCCAGUCUUGGGAAAAAGCCAAUUUUAUGCCCUGCAGAAGCGCUAUCUUUUUCCUGUGGUGAAUGAGACCUGGAUUUCAUGUCAGAUUGCUGUGCUUGAUGGACUAAGUAGAGAGCCCCGGGUUGUUCUCUCUGGGGAUGGACGUUGUGAUAGUCCAGGGCACAGCGCCAAGUAUGGGACCUAUUCCCUCAUGGAUGACGAGAGGGGGUUGAUUAGCAUUGUGAAAAAGAUUGUGAAAGCCUGUGGGAAGAAGAAAGCACUUGCCCCAUUGCUUGACUGGUUGCAGUCCAUCAGCAACCACUUCUGUGAAAAUAUAAAACUACAUGAUACAUGA